AAAGACAUGGGCAAGAUGCUAGGUGGCGAGGAGGAAAAAGACCCUGACGCCCAGAAGAAGGAGGAGGAGAGGCAAGAAGCGCUGAGGCAACAAGAAGAGGAGAGGAAGGCCAAGUAUGCCAGAAUGGAGGCAGAGAGGGAAAACAUCCGACAGGGCAUCCGGGAUAAGUACGGCAUCAAGAAGAAGGAGGAGAAGGAGGCGGAGGCGGCCGCCGCCAUGGAGCAGGCCUCGGAGGGCAGCCUGACACGCCCCAAGAAGGCGGUGCCCACCGGCUGUGGCGACGAGGAGGAGGAGGAGAGCAUCGUGGACACGGUGAUGAAGUUCAUCCCGGCGCCGCUCAUGGAUAUGUUCAACAAGAAGUAA